GCCUUUGAUAAAAUAUGUGGAAGCCAGAGGAGUCUGCUUCCAGUAGCGACGAAAGCUUUGAGGAAGAAAUUUCAACGAGGAAUUUUGGAAACUUUGAAGCAGCCACUGGUGCAUGUAAACUCAAGUCGGUGUUUGAAGAUAUUUUUGCCGAUAUUCAAGCCAGUAUUCCUACCUUAGAAUUGGAAAAUUCCUCGGAGGAAAGUGAUAAUGAUGACGAACCCCUUUCAUACACAAGAGAAGCACGGCCUUUGUCAUCAAAUAUUUUAUCCAAAACAAAUUACCCCAGCAGUAAGGUUGAUCAUUCUGCUGACACAGCAAGUCCAUCAGACAGUGAACUGUUCCUUGUCAGACCUGAUGGGCAAAUGUCAAACACCUCUUUACCCUCAGACGGUGACCAGGAUAGUAUUGAAUUUCUUAGCAGUUCUCCUGCACUUCUUCCUUCUACUCUUCCAAACAAGUUUUUCUCAUCAAGCUCUACACAAACAACAACAGACACUGAUAGUGAAAAUCCAAAGCAGCAGAGACCAAUGCUGUCAACAUCAUCCAGAAGCACAGCACCUGAUCCUAUUGAUCUGAGCCAUGAAGAAAACCAGGAGACAGUUGAACUAAGUUUUGAUCUUCUGGAGCACUUGAAUCUCGGUGAUUACCUUGAGUGCGCCAAUGAAGUGACUGUGCCUCCACUGUUUCCAUCCACUCUCAGUGACAGUGACUACAGCGAUGAUGCUGACAACAGCACAGUCCUCAUGGAAGGGUUGAUUAAACUGAGUGAAAAGCAGCGGAAUGAUGCUGCACCAACACCUUUAAGUCCUGCUGAUCACCAUUCAAAAGGUCCAUCAGAGAGAGAGAAUAAUAUGGUGCAUAGUGUUGGAGUAAUGAGUAGUCCACCUGUCACCUCUAAAGGAGUCACUGCUUCUUUAGAUCCUUCUGUUUCACAUAGAUCUAACAACACAGUGUUCUUGGAUUUAAGAAGACAAGAGAAACAAGCUGCCCCUCAGAGAAAUCAAGAAUUACCUCCAUCAAUAUGCAGAAUACUUGGAAUCAGCAACAACAGGCAGUCAGAGUCAUCUAGCAGCUCAGAUGAAGAUGACGGCCAUCAGUCAUGGCAAAAUCAGAGACGAAAAGCCAAAGAGGCUUCCUUGUCGUGUUCAAGACAAAACAAUGGUAGUGUUGGUCAGAAGAGACCACCAGAAAGGAUAAAAAGUGCUCUGGACGAAAUAAAACCUGAACAGAGGGACGGAGAUGACAUGUCAAACAAAAAAGUUACAGAAGGCGGACCAAUUUCACAGCAAAUGAAUUGUAUCGUGAAGGAAAGUGGGCAGGCAGUAAUAGGGCCUGGCACAUUAACCAUUAUGCAUGACGGACAGCUAGAUUUGAGUCACAAAGCUAAAGUCAGCACAAAUCAUAGAACACACACAUUCAAGCAAACAUUAUUAGCUGCUUCUCGUGUUGAUACUGCUAGACUUGUACCAGAUGUGAUGCAAGGUGACUCCACCGUGGACAACAAAAAUUUAACAAUGACAGAGACAAGAAAAGCCCAGAACCUAACAUCGCCUGAGAAGACAGAUAAAACAAUCAUCACUGGGUUUUCUUCUCCUGUAAAGAGAGAUCCUUUGAACAAAGUCGAAAAUGAGGUCAAUAAGAAUAUAACUUCUGCCGCGAGUGUGGAGACGAAGAAGUCCAGCGUGAAGCAUAAGCAAGUGUUGACAGGAGAGGAGAGAGCUAAAAGACAAAGACUUCACAAGAGUUUACAAAAUUUGAAGCCACUGCUAUCUUCCCACAAGCAUCACCCUGUCGCUCCUUGCACGCCAGUACUCUUUCACGAGGAAGCCUCUUAUAUGAACCAUUUGCAGAGUCUACCAAACCUUGAUACAGACACAUUAUAUCUGCUGCUGACUGCCAAGCUCUCAAGCUGUGGUGAGCUGAGUGUUAUUCACCAGGGAGCAAGAGGAGCUGUCACCCCAGAUACACACUGCUUCUCGCACCUAAUAGCUUGGCUUUGCUGUUUGGUUAGUCCCGCUAUGAACACUACAGACUAUGCCGAGAUCUGCAGAGCACCCUUUUAUGUUGUUAGCUUGCAGCAAAGUUGGCACAAUGGGAAGCUGAAGAUUGACGUCGGUCUUAUUAGUCGUAGUGACAAUGGCGACUUUUCACGUACGCAGCACGCAAACGGGAAACUGAAAAUGAAAACGAACAAUUCCUUUAGGCAGGCAGUGAGUAAGUUCCUCUCCACAAACACGCUUCAAAGUGUUUACAAUCGCCUGUCAGAACACGUGCCAUACCCGCCUCACAACCUUGCAGAGCUUCAAAUAAGCAAGAAGAAUUUAUCAACGCUAUUGACUGUGAAUCCCGACCCUGAGGCCAUGUGGCGUGUGUUUGGGGCCAAACCUGGGUUCUUUUGGCAGACAAUGGAGACAGAAGAUGCACCUGUGGACGACAAAACUGGUGGAAGGCUGUUUCAAGGGCCAGAAAUACACAAUGCACUGAUGCUGAUGCAGUCUGCCGUGUUCCGCCAGCCCUUUUGCUUGCUCGAUGUGCUGAUUCGCGCUCACUGUAAUGCUCUGGAUAUUGCUGGAAUCAGGCUGGUGUAUUCACACAACGAAUUACAUGAGGAGAAACCAGCCUUUGGAUUUCACCUCCCAAAUAACUCAUCACAGGAUGGAAUUUGUACUGGUCCUCAAGGCCCUGUUAUGGUUCUCGCGUUACGUGGGCCCCAGGCCAUCUCAAAGUGGCAGGACGAGGUGGGGCCUGUAGAUGCCAAAUUAGCUCAACGAACAGACCCCAACUCACUACGAGCCGUGUACAAUGGUGGGGCUAAGGAAGACCAUCUAUUUUGGUGCCCACGAAGCGCACAGGGUGUUGUUACAGAACUAUCCCGUUGGUUUGGGGGCCGUGUUCCGGAUAGUGGCGUGAUCAACACUGGCUGUAGAGAACCUUCUGUGACAUGCGAUGAAAACCCGGAAGAUUCCUUUCUCGGCAGAGGUCGAAAUAACAAAAGCCCUUUAUUGACAAGCUCACUUCACGGAAACUUCAGACCACCGCCUUAUUUCCUUACGGCCUCCACCGACACCAGCAUAUUCCUGUUCGUCUCACCAGCGCUGCCUGUAAAUUACAUCGGGAACGUCUUAAGCGCUUGCCUUGAGACUGGUUUCUGUACUCAAGGCGUUAAACGCAUUCACUUGAAUACAAUGCGUCUUAGCGGUCUUGGACUCUCGCCGGAGCAGAUCUCCUUGUUCUGUCGCAAGCGCGAUAAUCAGUCUUUAGCACCAUUAGCUUCCACAGUGCUCUUACUCAGAAGGGAAAACGCAUUACACCAUUCGCUGUCCGUGACUGAAUCAAUCGUUAACUCUGUAUCGCAUUCCGACUUGUCUCGGUCGUGUUUUCUAGCCGUCCCUUACAGCGAUUCUAUGCUUAAACAGCUCGGCGGAAAUUUUUCUCUCACCCCUGAUCCUGCAGCUUACCCUGUGGAGCUGCUGAGGCACGCUUUUCAUUCCAAUCCCGAAUUGGAGCAAGUCUGUGUCGUGACCUUAUUAAAAGAGAAAGCUACCGUCUCAGCAGGGACGCUUCUGAGCGAGCUUCUGCGGGAUGAAGAACCGCAGGAAGGGUCAAAUCCUCGUGGUGGUUUUGAACUCUUAGGGCUGAAGCUCCUUACUUCGUUGUCAUUGCAUCACGCCAAGGAGUUUACGCCGUGUAAAAUCGGAGACACGAUGUGGAAGAAAAGUCUCAAGACUCUAACAUCCGGUCCUGCUUUAGUUGUAGCUCUCAGAAGUGUUAAUGCAUUUGUGCGGCUAAGGCGCUUUCUAGAUUCUUAUUCAGAUUCUUCAAAGUCAAAACUUGCCAACAACAGCGUCCCCCUGGAUAUUCUUAUGUCAUGCACACCCGAACUUGCCUGUAGACAGCUAUCAGUGAUCUUCUUCGACAGAGAGCUCUUUUCAGAUCAGUCCGCACGGCAAAACCUUUACCUACUUCCCCCUCCCCGGCGGAUUAUCAACGGUGUCUGCAGCGGAAGUAGCGAGUCGUUAGACGAGGUGGAUGCGCGGGCUUCUUCUUCCGAUAGGAAGGCAAGGAGCAGACGGGUGAGUCUCGGAAAGUCUCCUGGGACGGCGUCUCUUAGCAGUGUGGAGACUUUGGGGUACGCCGACACGUCUGUCCUUCAGAGUUUGCUAGAGAAGCCCCGUGUCAUACCGACAGUGUGUGUGCUAAAGCCUCGCACUGCAAGCAAACACCUCGGUAAGGUGUUAAAGAGAUUGGGUCAAGAAGGGUUCUCUGUGAUUGCCUUGAAAAUGACGUGUCUUUCGUCCAAAGACGUUUCUACGCUCAUGCCUGAGAAGGAAAAACUAGAAAGUCACAUAAGUCACAUGACAUCCGGUCCGUCGGUGGUGCUAUGUCUCCAUCGUGAGAACGCUGUCGGGCGCCUUCUGGACGUACUCGGUCCCAGUGAUGCUCGAGCUGCAAAGAAACUGUCUCAGUUCUAUUUGAGGGGUUCGUUUGGCGAGGAUUCGAUUCAAAAUGGCUUUUACGGAUCUGAAACGUACGAAAAGGCGAUCAGAGAUAUCAAGGUUCUGUUUCCUGAAGGUGUUUGCUGUCCUCCGUGUAUUGACCUUAGGGCUGAGGAGAUUCCAUGUUUAACUCUGGAUGAAGUUUUUAGCGUGACAGCCAACAGAUCGCUCGUGAAACUCUCCACAGAAGAGCAGAGCAGAGUGGAAACCAGCCCGGGUAUGACCCUCCUGCCGAGUUCUUUAUUGGAGAUCAAUUGCUUGCUGUUACUGCCACAGCUGUUGGUCAGCGGUGCUCAGACCGGGCGGCGAGGUAACAUCAGUUACGCCGAGAUCAUAGAGGCCUUGCUGACUGCAGGGUUUCACUUCAUCGGGCUUCGAAUGGUGCUGUUAGGAGUGGCUGAAGCGGCGCAUUGUGCAAAGCUGUACAGCGGUUGCCUGCCCGAGAAUUGGAAACCUCAUCACUUGGCUGUUCAACUCUCCAAGUCACCGUGUCUUGUCAUGGCUGUCUUGCGUGACGGUGCCGUCACCUGUUAUGACACGUUGUGUGAAAGCUCUCCGAAACUGAAAUCAUCAUUCGUAAAUUCAGGAAAGUUCAUGUUGGCGGGGAAGACGUUGAAAGAGGCUAAGUGCUUGGUGGAAUGUUUCUUUGAUCAUCUGGUUCCUAACAGAAAAGCCCGGAUAGAGUUGAGCGCUUCCUAAUCCCCCGCUUUUCAUCGACCGGGUCAAAGGGAAUUGUACAGAUUAGUACGAGCGGAUUACUGCGUAGGGAAAAUUGAUGCUAACUCAGACAAUUUUAGAAGAACAGAUGAAGACAAAGCCUAAAACUGUUUCCCGGAUAUCUAAACUUAUACCUUGUGUUUCUUUUGAAAUUAAGCCUAUCUGGAAACAGUGGAAGUCUGGUGUUGAUCAUAUUAGAACAACUCUUCGUUCAUAAGAGGUUUGUGAAAGACUCUUCGGUUAAGAGUUCAUGAUGUUAACCCUGGAAUUGAACUAAUUUUGGCCUUUCUGUUUUUCUCUCAAAAUAUUUUUUUAUGGCUACGUGUUGUAAGGUAGGGCGUUAGUUUCCUCGCCAAAGUAAACAACCGCUCGCCUACGGACUUCCCGUACUGAGAGAAAUGGAAAGAAGUUGUUGAUGUUUCCUUCACAUUACGUGACGUGAAUGUGUGUUCCCUCCGCUGUUCGCUCCUAAUAUCCCGAAUUUCAUUUUACACUAGCUCUGUCUGUCUUCAAACAUCUUGUUUUGUUUUGUUUUUUUUUUUUGUCGCUUAUAGUGUACACAAUUCUUAUAUGACGGGGCAGAUUUUGGCUCUUAUCGAUCUUAGUCUGGUUUCUCCAACAUUCAAAUGCCGGCCGUGCGCAUUUGACUUUUACUUGUAGACUACUGAGAAAAACUUCCUGUUCUUUCUCGAGUGGAUGAUUUCCUUUUUAGCACAAUGACGAAAAUCCAUGUUGAAGAAUUAAAGAGCUGCACGGUGUUCACGACCUUCGAUUUGAAUUAUUUACAAUCACGCGUGUUCUCAAAGAGAAGAUUUAUUCAUCAUUGUGCUUGUGCUUGUGCCACAAACCUGUGCCAAAGUUUGCUUGGAUUAGAUUUAACCUUUGUAAGAAGUUAAAUUAUUGAAUUAAUGCUUUUUGUUGCCUUUUGCAGCAUUAGGUUGAAUACCUUUUUGUACUUGACUAACUGUAUAUUUGACGUAAUUGUAAAAACACUGAAAUAAAAACCCAAAACGGAUAAA